AUGUGCGUGUGUUUCUGCAGAGGAGGGGGCAUGGGCCCCUGCCGGGCUGCGCAGGGGAGGGUGGGGUGGGACUUUUCCAGAGAGGGAGCCAGGCCUGGCCCGGGCCCCGGGAGCUCACGUCACCCCCACCCCUCACUUCUCCAGGGAACUGCCAAAGCCAAACCCAGCUCGGGACGGGAUUAUGUGUACUGGGUAGACCCGUGGAGAGGGGCGGUAGAUCUGGGUGGCAGAGAGAAACAGAGGCAGAGAGGGCAUGGAGAGGGGUUGGCGUCAGAGAAGGGGCUGGCAGUGACCAUCACCCCCUUUCUUCUUCCCUCAGCUGGAGACAGAGUCAGGCAGAGGCUGAACACUUGGGUGGAACAUGGGCCCUUCUCUGGAGACCCUGACCUCCCCCGUUCAGUCAGGGUGGAGUUGCUGACCUCAGUGGCCGGCCCAGCCAGGGGAAUGAGUGGCCAUCGGCAACCCCCUCCCCAACCCUAAACCGUGAGGCGCCCGCUCUGGCUCAGCCACCCUGACCCCUCCCUCAAAUUUUGAGCCCUAGGUCUCAGGGAGGGCAGUGGGGCUCAGUGUCUGCCCCCAGGCACAUUCCUUCCCUUCUCUUGGUCAUUUUCUGCCCCAGAGCUGGCCCACCUCAGCAAUUCGAGGGCUCCCUGGAUUCCUUUCCCGGGUGCCUUUCAGAUCCAACAGAAACAGAUUUUUUUUUUCCUGGAAAGCAGACCUAAGAGUGGGAUGAGGAGCAGGGGUGGGAAGGCCUCUAAGUGAGAAGGGGGCAAGGAGAGUCAGGCUUUGUGGCUGGAGAGGGUUCCAAGCCUCACCUCUCCAGUGUUCAAAGCUGAACUUCAGAUGGACUUCCUGGCUCUUCAGAAUGAGAGACCUGUGGCUGGGGCAUGAGGCAGCCCUGGCUGCACCUCUCCUUCCCGCUUCCCCAGCUGGUAGAGCCACACAGGAAACAAGCCCUCACUGAACCAAUGCCAGAUGCUGACACCCAGAGUGGGUGUUACAUUGCCGGCUUCUUCU